CCGGACGGAUAUAAGAACGCAACAGCUUCCGGUUAGACGUAAACACAAGUUUGACUUUGACCACAUUCAUUUGAGUUAAACAUGGGUUCUAUGCCUUUAAAUUCGUUAAAACAAUUAAUGAAAGCGAUGUUAGAUACUCCAGGCUUCGACAAAGUCCUUAGCAAGGUGAAAAUUUUGUCUGCAAGCCCAGGUAAUCUGGUGUGUGAGAUGCAAGUAGGAGAGGAGCACACCAACCGGGGAGGGACGCUACACGGCGGAAUGACAGCCACCCUGGUGGAUGUCAUCUCCACGGUAGCUAUCAUGAACACCGAGAGAGGGGCUCCGGGAGUCAGUGUGGAUAUGAACAUCACAUACAUGAACGCUGCCAAGAUGGGAGAGGACGUACUGAUCACAGCUCAGGUUCUGAAACAAGGACGAACGCUAGCGUUUGCAUCUGUAGACCUCACCAACAAGGUCACAGGGAAGAUCAUAGCACAAGGAAGACACACUAAACACCUUGGCGGCAGCUAAACUGUCUCCCGUCAGUGCCUGUCUGUAAAUCACAUAUCAUGAAUGUGUACUGUCAAAACAAUGGAUUUAAAGUGUAAGCUGUAAAGCUGUAAACUUACCUCUGCCUGUAAAUAGUUUGUCAAACUCUAGAUUUUGAACAAAAAAUGUUGACAUGUGCCAUUGUUACAUAUUUGUCAAGUUAUAAAGAAGUACUAAUGGCAGUAUCAUUGUGCUCAAUAUGAUGUAACUACUGUAUCGCUGGUACUGUAUCAUGCACAUGCAAUAAAACAAAUGGACAACAGA